AUGGGCAAUGAAGAAAUUUUAAAAGUCAGCGUAAGAGUCCCGCCCUUCUGGCCUGAGGAGCCUGCGUUGUGGUUUGCCCAGGUUGAAUCACAGUUUGUCCUAUCGGGUAUAACUAAGGAUGAGACCAAGUUCUACUAUUUAGUUGCGCAGUUAGACCACCAAUAUGCCAUCGAGGUGAAGGACAUCAUCACCAACCCGCCGCCAACGGAAAAGUACGAAAAGCUGAAGUCCGAACUAAUUAAACGACUGUCAGCUUCGCAGGAAAAGCGGAUUAAGCAGCUUCUGAUGCACGAAGAGCUGGGCGAUCGGAAGCCGUCUCAGUUCCUGCGUCACCUGUCGGGUUUGGCUGGUCCAUCGGUGCCUUCUGACUUCCUGCUUACUCUGUGGUCCAGCAGGCUGCCGCAGAACAUCCAGACAGUCAUCGCCUCUCAAAUGGACCUCGAUAAGGACAAACUCGGCGAGUUGGCUGAUAAAGUCUAUGAGAUCGCACCGUCAACUCCGCAAGUCGCCAGCACUNGCUUUCGGGGCGGGCGGCUCAUUACCGGCGGCCGCAAGACCCGCCCCGCCGUAACUUCGCCGCCGGACUGA